AUUAUUUGAAAGAUGGUCCUGAAAGAAGCUUCGUCUCGGAAGUGUUGAUGCUUAUUCCAGAAGAUGUCGAAGUGCCUCCAGAACAUGUUAAAGAGUGGUAGGUAUCUUUUGUAUUGAGACAUAGCUAAGUGAUAUAAACUAAAUGAGUUUAUAGUGCUGGUGUUAGGUUAGGAUAAUUCCUCUAAUGUUAAUUCCUUUUAUUAAUUAUUCGGUUUAAGCAUAAUGCAACAGGAAAGCGACGAUUCCAUGCUCCCACAGCACAGCAAAAAUGGCGACCAUGACUUCACCUUACAGGACCCCGAAUACCCUGUUCCUAUCCCCGUGGACUGCACAGCCUCGGGACCAGAAGUCACGUCAUCAGUGGCAUGUGCCGCCAAAGUGUUUUGGCAAAAAAGGCUCAAGGGCGAUGUUCUCAAGUGGAAGUUAGAAACGGUAGCAAUUCCAUCGAACUGCAACUUUCUACUCCCAAAGAGAACAAACACCGAAAUUUGGAAAACACUUCCAAUUUUCACAGGUCCACUGACGUUAAAAUGCAGGACAUCCAAAACAUGCAUUCAGCGUCGGUUGCUAUGCUUCUGAAAGCUUCAUCUACGUUGGUGGAGAAAUCCGGUGAUGCCAACGCAGACACAAAGGGUCCGUUAAACGACCUUAAUGACGCCAUGAACCUCGCUGGUAAGACCUCCCAGCUGCUAAAUCAGGUCAGGCGAGACUUAAUUAAGCCUUCCUUGCCAAAAGAGUACGUAGCCUUAGCUACGGAAGUGGAAGAGGAUUCCGAAUGGCUGUUUGGUUCCUCCGUCUGCGAAAGGCUUGAGAAGCUGAAAAAGGAGAACCAGCUCAAAUCACUCCUGGAAAGAGGCCAAAAAAGAAGAUUCGAGCCUUCAUCAAACAAAGGCUUACUAGCCCCAAAAGAGGACCAACUACCACAAUGGGCAAUCCCAAUCAAAGAAACCGUACCGCAGCCACAACAGCAACUUUUCCAAGCACACCAACAGGAAAAAUUAAUCCCUGAGGCUUGGCUGGCAUCGAUAUUAAGACGUUCAGCACCCAUUCCACAAGGAGUGCGUCUACCAGCAAGGCAGAGGACAUAGGCGUACCUAUGAAGACAAUCGCAAAAGCGGCAGGCUGGAGAGGCACUAGCACGUUUGCAACACAUUACAAAUUGCCCAUAAGCAAGAGCUUUGGGAACGAACUUCUUAAAUGUUUAUAAACACAUUUACUUGCGUUAGAUUUUGUAUAUGUCUAUAUAUAUGUAAUAGACAUGUACCGUUAUGGUACAUUGUGGCAUUGCCAGGAGUUAUAACAGACAAACCGUUAAUAUGUAGUUCUGUUUAACCAUAUACUAGUCCUUGCCCAGUUUUUACUAAACUGUUUGUUGAAUCCAAAAUAGGUGGCUUUGAAAUCUCAUUUGAAUGCUUACGAUCAGAGGCUAAAUUAUUAUUUACAAAAUUAGACAAAUGAAAUAAAGUUUAAUUAAAAUAAUAAUUUAGCUCUGAUCUAAGUAUUCAAGUGCCCACCACCACUCCCCUAACACCUUUAGCACUAUUAUUCACUAUUUUGGCCUUCACAAUGGGUCUUUGAAGCAGUAAAUUUACGGAAGCCGAAUCUCACUUGAAUACUUAGAUCAGAGCUAAAUUAUUAUUUUUAAUUAAACUUCAUUUAAUUUGUCUAAUUUUGUAAAAAAAAAUGCAGUACGCAGAGAAUUAAUCAUUUUUUCCUUUGUAUUUUCACUUUUUAAACUGGUGCGAUAUAUUGAUUUUACAAUUAUUUAAAGGAAGGAUACUCAGUAUUGACAUAAGAUUGUAUAUUAUGAAAGUUCAAGACCUAAACAUGGUU